AUGACAUAAAUAUUUAAAGCGUCGCGACGACAACUCCGAGUCGAAGUGUCAAUCCAUCGUCAUCGACGAGUAACGUUCAAGGGAGGUCACGACAUCUCCGCACCACCCGCAAUCGGCAGUCGCAGAUUAGGCUUCUUCGUCGUGCGACCGAAGAGAUUGCGCCUGUGUCGUAGUACCGGACACUGCUCUUGGAAAUUUUUCCCGGUGCUGCAUCAUGGUCAGCCGCAUCUCCACCAUUUCUCUCUCAAUAGAAAAAGAAAAUCGCAAUGCAUCCACAGAAGAAAUCGCAGAUUUUGAGAAAGCGAUGGAGAUAUGUGGAAAUGGAAGAUAUCAGUACACUUUUCUGCUGGUUUGCGGUGUGAUGUUCCUCUGCGUCGGCUUUCAAUAUGGUGCAAACGCGUAUAUUUUGCCAUCAGCUGAAUGCGAUCUGCAUAUGGGAUCUGAGGAAAAAGGGUACUUGAACGUUGCCUUUCUCAUGGGUUCAGUAGUUAGCGCCCUUUUCUGGGGAGUCUUUGCGGGUGCCUACGGAAGAAGAAAUAUCCUGCUAUUCUCUUUUUUCUCCGACAGUAUCUUGACGCUAAUCGGGAGCUUUUCGCAAAACUUCAAGCUAUUCCUAAUGUUCAGAGUCAUAAGCGGAUUCUUGAUGGGUGGACCCGGUUCCUUGUUAUACAUAUAUCUCGGUGAAUUUUAUGCAGAGAAGUACAGAGCAAAGAGCAUUUGUUUCAUAGGCUUUUUCUUCACUCUCGCUUGGUUAAUAUUACCUGGCUUGGCAUGGAUUAUCAUACCAUUGCCGAUAUCCUUUGAGUUCUACGGCAUCCGGUACAAUUCUUGGAGAAUGUUCCUUGGCGCUAUUAGCCUGCCAAUUUUCAUUAUAGCUAUGAUAACUCUUAUGUAUCCCGAAAGCCCGAAGUUUCUGGUGUCGCAAGGUAAGACCGACGAGGCUCUCGCGAUUAUGCAAAAGAUUUAUGCGGUAAAUACUGGACGAGAUAAAAGCGAAUUUCCGGUGAAGGAACUCCUUUCUGAUGCCGUGCUCGAACUACAAAAGGACAAGAAAUCAGUUUCCUCGUCGGAAAUAUUAAUGGAAUUGACGAAAAAUAUUUGGUUGCAAUUGCGUACCAUUGCCUCACCACCCUACAUAAAAUAUGGUAUUCUCUUGUGGACGAUUUAUUUCGCGAACAUGUUCGGGUUUUAUGGUUUUAAUCUUUGGACGCCAGAAUUGUUUAAUCGCUUUGAGAGUUAUCAUCAAUUGCAUCCAAAUGAAUCGGUGACGGUCUGUGAGCUAAUAAACAAUAAAAUGUCAUUGAAUUACACUGUUCUGGAAGAAUCAUCUGUCCCUUUGAAGGAUGAGAACACAACGGAAUGUAAACCGCACAUGGACGAACAGGUAUUUAUUAAUUCUCUGAUCAUCAACACCGUUUGUUUAUUCGGCAAUAUCAUUUCCGGAUAUUUGGCAAAUCGAGUUGGUCGUCGAACAAUGCCGGUGGUUACAAUGUUUGUAGCUGGUAUCGCCGGCUUCGGUUUAUAUUUCGUCAAGUCCUCGCUACAGAUCCUCGUAACAGGAUGCAUCUUUUCCAUGAUGAUAUCCACGGGAAAUUUCGUGCUUUCCAGCGUGGCAGUCGACAUCUUCCCCACGCAUGUAUCCGCCGUCGCAGUAUGCAUGAUGGCCUGCUUGGGCAGAUGUGGUGCGAUAGCGAGUAAUCUGGCGUUCGGCAUGCUACUGGAUCUUAGCUGCGAGAUCCCGAUAUUCCUUCUAGGCGGUGUCAGCAUAUUUGGGGGAAUACUAUCUUUUCUGAUUCCAAGCAAAGAAAAGAAAUGAAAAUCAAUAUUAAA